CGUAAACAAGAUGGCGGCCUCCGGCAGAGCUCCCCCGUGGUCCAAACCAGUCUCUCUCCAGAGCAGUUUACAACUUGGAGCCCAAUCGAUACCUCUGCGCUCAGAAAAAGAGCGUCAGCCUUACUGGUCUUUCCCCAUGGGGCAGAGGACGAACGAUGUUUUCCACGGCAGCUCCUCCUACCUGCUCCAGCAGCUCAUUCACCGCGACCAGGAGUCCGAAGCGGAAGAAGUCGAAUCCGAGGAGUCCUCCGAGUCCGAGAUGCUGAAUCUGGAGGAGGAAUUUGAUGGGAUCCUGAGAGAGGAGAUUGUGGCUGAGGCACUCCAUCAAUUGGGGCGCUCAGGCUCUGGAACUGAGCAGGUCUAUCUCAAUCUAACUUUAUCAGGUCGUGAUUUAAUUGACAUUAGCAUUCUCUGCGAAUAUGUUCACCUACAGAAAUUGGAUCUUUCGAUAAAUAAAAUUGAAGAUUUGUCUUGUGUGAGUUAUAUGCCUUAUCUUCUAGAACUCAAUGCUUCUCAAAAUAAACUGACUACAUUCUUCAAUUUCAAGCCACCUAAGAAUCUCAAGAAGGUGGAUUUUUCCCACAACCAAAUUUCUGAAAUGUGUGAUUUGUCGGCAUACCAUGCUCUCACUAAACUAAUUUUGGACAGCAACGAGAUAGAAGAAAUUCGUGGACUCGAGAUGUGCAGCAAUCUCAUUCACCUUAGUCUGGCCAACAACAAGAUCACAACCAUUAAUGGAUUAAGCAUGUUACCAAUCAAAAUUCUUUGCCUGAGUAACAACCAGAUUGAGAAGAUCACGGGCUUGGAGGACCUGAGAACCCUGCAGAACCUAGAUCUUUCCCAUAAUCAGAUCAAUAGCCUCCAAGGCUUGGAGAGCCACGACCUCCUGGAAGUGAUCAACCUAGAGGAUAAUAAGAUUGCCGAGCUGGGUGAAAUAGCAUACAUUGAAAAUCUACCCAUCCUUCGAAUUCUCAAUCUUCUAAGAAAUCCAAUUCAGGAAAAAUCGGAAUACUGGCUCUUCAUCAUUUUUAUGCUACUGAGAUUAACAGAAUUAGAUCAGAAGAAGAUUAAAGUGGAAGAAAAGGUUGCAGCUGUGAAUAAAUACGACCCUCCCCCUGAAGUGGUCGCGGCCCAAGAUCACCUGACCCACGUUGUCAACAGCGUGAUGCAACCACAGAGGAUCUUUGACAGCACUCUUCCUAGCCUAGACGCUCCUUACCCCAUGCUGGUAUUGGCUGGUCCUCAAGCUUGUGGUAAACGAGAACUUGCCCACCGCCUCUGCAGGCAGUUCAGUACUUACUUCAGAUAUGGGGCCUGUCACACCACAAGACCACCCUACUUUGGAGAAGGGGAUCGAGUUGAUUAUCAUUUUAUUUCUCAAGAAGUUUUUGAUGAAAUGCUAAACAUGGGGAAAUUCAUUCUAACAUUUAAUUAUGGUAAUCACAAUUACGGACUGAACAGGGACACCAUAGAAGGGAUCGCAAGAGAUGGUUUAGCGAGCUGUGUUCAUAUGGAAAUAGAAGGUGUGAGAAGUUUGAAAUAUUCUUAUUUUGAGCCUCGAUAUAUCCUGGUGGUGCCCAUGAACAAGGAAAAAUAUGAGGGAUACUUACGGAGAAAGGGAUUAUUCAGUCGUGCGGAAAUUGAAUUUGCUGUCUCCAGAGUGGAUCUUUAUAUAAAAAUUAACCAAAAAUUUCCAGGAUAUUUUGAUGCGGUAAUCAAUGCAGAUGAUCUGGAUGUUGCCUACCAGAAGCUGAGUCAGCUCAUUAGAGAAUACCUGGGAUUGGCUGAAGAAUCUGACAAGAGUUUGGCCCCAACUGCAGAUGUUCAGACAUCUCACCUGAAAUCUGAAGAGCCUCAUAAGAAGCAAAGUACUUCAAAAACGGGUGAUUUCAUGGAUUCAACAGACAGAAACUACCUUGUUAAAUUAUGGGCCAAACUUUCAGUCAAAAAAACACCAGCGGAAAGAGAUUCUUUACACAGACAGCAUGAGGCAGCCCGACAAGCUCUAAUGGGAAAGACGCCCCCUAAUCACACUCUCCUAUUCCAAAGGGGUCCAGUACCGGCACCAUUCAUCAGUGGUCUACACUACUUUACAACUUUAGAAGAACUUGAGAAAAGUUUUGAGAUGUCUGAAGAUUAUUUUAAAACUCCCUUUGGACUAUAUUCUGAAAAGAGUGGCAAGGAUUCCUGUGUUGCCAUGAAAAGUACAUACUACCCAUCUUCUCCGUGGACAAAAGAUUAUUAUCAACCUCCAGAGGGCAGCAUUUAUUCGCGUCCAGGAUCUGGAGUAAGUGAGAGUGAAAUGGAACAGUCCCUAAAAGCACUACCUCUACAAUCAUUGUCACAUGAAAAAGAGUCUCUCCAACAUGGAAGACACCCAGUCAUGGUCAUCAGUCGCCCAGGUUCCAACACCAAACCCACCCUCCCUCCGAUCCCUCAGGGCCGCAAGUAGACAAGUGCCUAAUGCUAAUCUUAACAUGGAAAACUUGCUCUGACAGUGUUCAGUCCCUGUGUCUCACUUGGCUAUGGAUUCUAGUUGUUUCCCACUCGGCCAACUACCUGCAGAAGAAUGUCCCUCCUGUCUAAUUCUCUCCAUCAAUUUCUUUUGUAAUCCUCUA